AAAUCCAACGAGUUGGGCAGUGGAUUAAAAAUCUUCGAAAGCUUUUCCCCAAAAAGGUGUUUUUGGUUUCGGUUUUUGGAUAAAACCAGAACACCACACUCAUUACAGAAAAAAAGCGUGUGGACACACACACACACACACACACAGUGAGAGAGAAAGAGAAGACGGUAGGGUUCACGAGCAGUGUCACCGACUCUGCAACUUCAAGUUUUUCUUCUUUCUCUAUCAUCAAAAGCUGACAAAUUUGGAUAUUAAAUAAAGAAUCUGGAAACCCCCCCCCCCCCCCCCCCCCCCCCCCAAAAAAAAAAAAAAAAAAAAGAAAGAAAAACAAAAGCUCCAUUUUUUCUGAUUCGGUGGAGCUUCACGGACUCUAACCCAUCUUUCACUUUCUUUUCUUCACCCACCCAAGCUCUCUUUUUUGAUUUUUUUUCUCUACUCUAUUUAUAAUCAAGUGGUUCUCGUUGCGCCACGUUAACCCCCCGGUCAUCAACUUCGGUUAUCUGGGUCGAUCUCGACGUGGGUCUUUUGCUCGUAGCCAUUUUUGCCCCUUCUUUUCUGUUUCUUAUGUAUAAUGUGAGUUUCAGAGUUUUCUGAUACCUGAGCUUUGUACAAGUACUGGGUUUGUUUUUGUUAUUUUUGGGUGGAACUGUUUGUGGAGAGAAAGAAGAUGGAUCGGUCGGCGAUCACGGUCGGACCGGGCAUGGACUUGCCGAUCAUGCACGACAGCGAUCGGUAUGAGCUUGUAAGAGAUAUUGGGUCUGGCAAUUUUGGAGUGGCUAGGCUGAUGAGGGACAAGCAGACGGAAGAGCUUGUUGCCGUCAAGUACAUCGAGAGAGGUGAGAAGAUAGAUGAAAAUGUACAAAGAGAAAUUAUAAAUCACAGGUCACUGAGGCAUCCCAAUAUUGUCCGCUUCAAAGAGGUCAUAUUAACACCAACCCAUCUAGCUAUUGUGAUGGAAUAUGCAUCUGGAGGAGAACUCUUCGAGCGGAUAUGCAAUGCUGGAAGGUUCAGCGAGGAGGAGGCACGCUUCUUCUUCCAACAGCUUAUAUCAGGAGUCAGCUACUGUCAUUCCAUGCAAGUAUGUCAUCGUGAUCUGAAAUUGGAGAAUACAUUGUUGGAUGGAAGUCCAGCGCCACGCUUGAAGAUUUGUGACUUUGGAUACUCUAAGUCCUCAGUGCUGCACUCACAACCCAAAUCAACUGUUGGCACCCCUGCAUAUAUUGCUCCGGAAGUUUUGCUUAAAAAAGAAUAUGACGGCAAGAUUGCAGAUGUGUGGUCUUGUGGUGUAACCUUAUAUGUAAUGUUGGUGGGUGCAUACCCUUUUGAGGACCCAGAGGAGCCUAAGAACUUCCGCAAAACAAUCCAUCGCAUCUUGAAUGUCCAGUACUCAAUUCCCGACUAUGUUCAUAUAUCUCCAGAGUGCCGCCAUCUGAUCUCAAGGAUUUUUGUAGCUGACCCUGCAAAGAGGAUAUCCAUUCCUGAGAUUAGGAAUCAUGAGUGGUUUCUAAAGGACCUUCCAGCAGAUCUUAUGGAUGAAAAUACAAUGAACCAAUUCGAAGAGUCUGAUCAACCCAUGCAAAGCAUUGAUGAAAUAAUGCAGAUAAUUUCUGAAGCUACUUUACCUGCAGCUGGUGCUCAUAGUAUCAACCAGUAUCUGAAUGGCAGUCUAGACAUUGACGAUGACAUGGAAGAAGAUCUGGAGUCGGAUCCUGACCUGGAUAUCGAUAGUAGUGGAGAAAUAGUCUAUGCAAUGUAAUUGUGACAAUGCUGUUAUGGAAGAAGGACGACUCUGUAAGCCAGUACUGGCUUUGAAAAUGAAAUUUAAUAUCAUCCUCCCUCCUUAGUCUAGACAUGAAAGUGGAGUAAAAGGGCUUUUCCAUUUCAUUGUAAUGGUGGAUUUUGCUGGUUUGGAAUUGUUGAUCGGUUGAGAAUCCUUGCCUUUUAGCCUUCCAGUUUGUCUUUCAGCAUUUGGUUUUAUGCUUUUGUUCUGCCACUUUCAAGUGGCAUUUUAUGUAGUGUUACCUGCUUGUAACAAAAUAAACAUAAUUGUAACAUAAAGCUGAUCACAUUUUCUAACUGCAUCUCCAUCUUAAUUUAUAAGACUACCUUUUCUUUUUUCCAA